UCCGGUAAAGAUGUCUACUUUAGCAGAUGAUAAAAUUCUGUCUGAACAUAAUUCUAAUUUUGAUGAGGGUAUAGAAGAAGUUAAUUUAAAUCUUGGAGAACUAGAUUUAACUUCAGAAGAUUUUUUACUUGAUGAAGUAGAUGUUCAUAUUCAACAAAACUUAGAAGAUGAUAUUGUGAAAGAAGCUCUGAAAACGGGAGUUGAUUUACGACAAUAUUCAAAAGAAAUAGAGAAAGAUUUACUGCAAGUUGAAAAUGCCUCCAUCAAAGAUUAUAUUAAAGAAAGUCAGAACAUUGCCAGUUUACAUAAACAGAUAUCAGCAUGUGAUACCAUAUUGGAGAGAAUGGAGCAGAUGUUAAAUGGUUUUCAAGGUGACCUAAGUAGUAUAAGUAAUGAAAUCCAGACGUUACAAGAACAGUCUAUAGCCAUGAACAUAAAGUUAAAAAACAGACAGGCUAUCCGUGGAGAAUUAAGUCAGUUUGUUGAUGAGAUGGUUAUACCAGAACAUAUGAUCAGUCAUAUUCUGCAGACAUCAGUCACAGAAAGAGAAUUUUUAGAACAACUUCAUGAAUUAAACCAUAAGAUCAAUUUUGUUAAAGAGCAAUCAUUCCGUGAAGCUAGAUCAUGUCAAGAUGUAAAAGAUAUCUUAGAAAAAUUAAAAAUAAAGGCUAUUGCUAAGAUCCGAGAAUUUCUACUACAAAAAAUCUACUCUUUCCGUAAACCUAUGGCUAAUUAUCAAAUACCUCAGAAUACCAUGCUAAAAUUCAGAUUUUUCAAUGAGUUUUUAAUGGGUAAUGAGAGACAUAUAGCUAAAGAGAUUAGAGAUGAAUAUAUAGACACUAUGAGUAAACUAUAUUAUUCUUACUUCAAGAGUUAUGCUAGUCGGUUAAUGAAACUACAGUUUGAAGAAGUAGCAGCUAAAGAUGAUCUAAUGGGAUAUGAAGAUACAGCCAAGAAAAGUUUUUUCUCAACCAAGCCAACAUUAAAAAAUAGAUCUACUGUAUUUACAUUGGGUAAUAGAGGUGAAGUUUUAUCUAGUGAACUAGAAGCACCAGUUAUAGUACCACAUGCUGCUCAAAAAUCAGAUUCUAGGUACUCGUUUGAAAGUUUAUUUCGAAGUCUACAUUUUUCCCUAAUGGAUAAUUGUUGUCGAGAGUAUUUAUUUUUAGUGGAUUUUUUUAUGGUGUCUGGAACAUCAGCUCAGAAUCUCUUUGAUGCCAUUGUAGGGAAAACUUUAUCAAUGUUUAUGAAACAGAUGGAAGAUUACACGAAUGAUUGUUAUGAUUCUAUAGCUAUAUUUUUAUCUAUACAUAUAGUAUUUAGAUAUAGAUCUAUCAUGCAGAAACGUAAUGUUAGUGGUUUAGACAGAUAUUGGGAUGCUAUAUUGAAUACUUUAUGGCCAAGGUUUGAAUAUAUAAUUAACUUGAAUAUACAGAGUGUACGAGAUUGUGAUCCUCAAAAAUUAGGACAAAUAGAUGUUAGACCUCAUUAUAUAACCCGCAGAUACGCUGAAUUUUCUGCCGCUAUUGUUGGUAUUAACCAGUCUUUCCCUAAUGAGCAUGUUGAUAAAAUAUUGGGACAACUACAAGGAGAAGUAGAAAACUUUAUAUUAAAAAUGGCAGCUGAAUUCCCUCAAAGAAAAGAACAGUUAAUAUUCCUCAUCAAUAAUUAUGACAUGAUGUUGGGUGUUCUCAUGGUACUUAUAUUGAAUUGUAUUGAAUUAUCUUCAGGCAGUUCUAAAUGA